AUGGCACUUGCCACACCAAGCGGCGAUCUUCCUGCGCUUUCAGAGGAGGAAUGUGAGCGCUUAGCGCAAACCUUUGAAAGGUCACGUGGACCAGAUGGUUUCGUGGAUGCAGCAGAGAGCCAGAGGUUGCUGCGCCGCACCGGAUUGCAGGAGCAGCUGCUGGAAACCAUCUGGGACCUGUCAGAUUUGGACCGUGAUGGUCGCCUUUCGCUUAGAGAGUUUGUGUGCGCCAUGACCCUCGCAGACCAGGCUCGGAAUGGCCAAUCCUUGCCCGUCGAGGUGCACGUGGAGCAGCAGGCAAAUUUGGCUUCUCGUGUGGAGCUGCUCGUGCAAGUUCGGCCACGCAAGGAGGACUUCAGCACUAUUGACACCAGUGCCAGUUUUCGUGGUCCUCCGGCAGGUGGCCUGACAGAUUCAGAGACCGGUUUACCUCAUGCUUCUCCACUGGGUGCGGCACCUGCGCGUGGGCGAGACUCAACCCCUCGGCCUUUGGCAACGGCAGGAGAAGGGCGAGAGCGCACAGCGGAGAUGAAACUACCUGAGACGAAGCUUGGCCAGCUGGCAACGGUGCUCAAGCUCGUCUCUCGCGAAGGGCCUGGAGAUGAGCUACGAAAGCUCUGCCAGGAGGUCCUCGAGGAGCGUCGGCGUCUGGAAAGCCAGCUGGACCGCCGACGUGAGCUCGAGGAAGCGCUGCGAGCAGCCAAAGGGCGCUUGGACGAGGUUCAGGAACGCCAUCGCAACAUGGAGUCGGAGGGCGCUGCCACCAAGCGCCGGAUCUCAUACCUGCAGGUGAGCAUGACAAGCAGCGCUUUUUGA